UGGUGUUAUGUAUGUACCGUACCCACCGGGCCCGCGGGCUCGUUCAUUCGCUCGUUGGUGCCGCUGACCCCUCUUUCCUUUCUUCCUUGGGUUGCGGCUGCCCUCUCGCUCACGGGACCACCACCGCACCACCACUGGCAGCGCGUGUGUCAAGCAUGUACGUACGUACGUGCGUUGGGUGCGGGCGGCCUGGGGUGCAGUGCAGUACCCCACCCCCACGCGGCCUGCUCCCGCAUCCAUCCCGGCGCAGGCUGGGCUGGGCUGGGCCGUACGCAUCUGAAUCUCGGUACUUCUAAUUUCGGGGGCGAGCGGACACGAGCGCCGCAUGCGUGCGUGCAUGGGGUGCUGUGCUGUGCUGUGCCGCUCUGCUUGCGCGUGCGCAGAAUCACAACAACAAUGGAGACGGGGGAAUGGGUUUGGCUCGGUGUUUGGUUUGGCAGUGGUGGAGCGUGCGGCGGCGCGGGGCGCGGAUCCGGGGCGCAAAACGCGGGGGGGGAUUGUUUGUUGGGGCUGCUGGGGCUGCUCGCAGGGCCAAGAGCUUGGGUCUUGGGUUUUGAGGCCUCGAGGGGGGUUCCUUGCACGCGUUGCAGCGGUCGAGAUCGAUCUACGCGGCCUAGCGACGUCGCACACGUACUCUCAUUUCAACAACAUCGUUCGUCGUGUCCCCGUCGGCCAUGGCCGAGAGGGAGCAUUGCCUCGUCUUGCCCGGCUAGUCUUGGCUGAUGGCUUCUUGUUUCUGGGGGGGCCUGAUACGAGCGAGGUAAGGGUGUGCGCAGGCUGUUGGGGGAGGUUUGCCGGGCUUUGGGGGCCGUUUCUUCGUGCCCCUGUGCGCCAUGGCCGAGGUACGCCGCAGGAUUGCAAUCACGCAUGUUUUGCUGGUUUGGGGUAGCUGGGGUGAGAGAUUUGCAAAGGCUGACGUCGGGUUACUUGCUCGGUUUUGCUUGCUGUAGAUUAUGGGCUUGUUUGGCGUC